UCGUUUACUACCAACAUCUGUGAUUGGCGUGUAACGGUUUGUCCGGAAUUUCCAUUCAAAGUGGAUUUUGACAGUUGGCUUUUAGGCCGUAAUCAUAUGUUUGUCGAGAAUUUUCAUGCAUUUUCUAGCAUAUACUUCUAGUAAAUAUUCAAUUAGUGGAUAGACCGAAUACGUCCAAUGCACAAAAUUUGCAGCAGAAGAAACGAGAGGCAGAUCAAAAAGUAUGAUAUCGGUGAUUAAAAAAAAGUUCUGCGUAUGCCUGGUCCAGACAUUUACAGACUUUUAAAACAGUAAUAAACUGACCGAUUUUCUUCAGAAAAUAGAUGUGUCCCAGCAUGCAAAGAAUUACGAAUCAAAUACCGUUCAUACUUUUACCAUUUAGAUUUUUUUUAAGAAAUUUAGAACUUAAUCUUUCACGGAAUCUUUUUGGUCUUUUUCGGAGUAACGAACCAAUGAUCUCUAAAUGCGCAGGUAUCCUUCUGUUGAUCAACAGCAUGCGGCAGCUGUUCAAAUCGUAAAAUUAUUUCCACAACUUAGUAAUACGCGAGUCACACCAACUGCUCCUGAUGAGUCAUUUUUCUUUUGGCGCAACGGAGGCAAGGAAAAGGGUGCUCAUACUGGCAUGAUAUUUCAUCGCAUCCGGAAUGUCAUCAAACAGCUACCUGCAGAAAAACAUAAAUAUAAUCGAGGAACUAUGCCUGUAGAAGAGUCCGUUUCAACUGAACUUGUAGAGCGGGCUCAAUUGCUCCGAGUAAUGCUUGCAUCGGCAUCAGUAGCAGAACAUAUUUGUGAUGAAAUGGACCGAUGCUUUCCAGUCCUCAAACUGUUAUUAAAAGAAAAGAAACCCGUUAAUGAUAUCUUGGAUAUGUUUCCACACCUGUGUUCAUAUGAAGGAUUGGUGAUUCGUCAAAUGUUUGAGAGAUUGUAUCCUAACAGAACAGAAGGUCUCAAAAUCGAGGAUGUCUUCUCUCAGUGUCUAUCUUAUUCACCGUCCAGAUUCUCUAGAGUAGAAGAUGAUCACAUUCGAGGAUGCUUGAGAAUAAUUUCUCAUAUGCCAAUUCGCGUACAAAAAAGAACGCUGGUAGGUUGUCCAACUGUAGGCGAAGAACAUUCGGCUUCAAUUUUAAUUCGUUGGAUUGGGGAGUGCUUAGAUACAUACAUGGCAUCCCCCGCAACUGAUUCCAAACUACACAUGGUGUGCGUAGCAAGCCCGAUGAAAAGAGGAAAUUAUGCCGUCAUUUGUGAGAAAAAAGUUAUAUUCGAGACUAACAAUUCUAUUCAUGCAGUGGAAAUUUUAUUCAAAUGCCACGCAGUUCUCGGAGUGGAGGUGCCACCUAAUUUUAGAAUGUUUUGGGACUUUCUGGCAUGUGCCAUAUAUAAUAUAAUUCCGCACAGUCAGAGGACAACUGUGAAUAGACUCGUCCAAACUUUUAUUGAAGUUUCCCGCGCACGUAUUGACAACAAAUAAAAGGACAACUUUUUUAUACAAUACUUACUAAAAACCAUAAAAUUUAAUAAACAGAAGUUUCUUUAAUUAUUAUUGUAAAAAUAUUCCAUAAGAAAAGAAAGACUGCAUUGUGUUGUAUCCAAAACAAAAUUUUGACGGCCAAUUUCUUCACUGGAUGUAAACCGGUUUAGUUCCAGUUCAAAUGCAACAAUCGAUCAUGAACCAAUUUAAAUAGGAAUCGGUUGUUGCAUUUCUUCUUACAGAAACCAUUCAGAAUUGCAAGUCAUAAUCCGGAUGGCUCCAGUCAGUAUUCCGGCUCCAGUGA